AUGCUCAAAUUCCUGACUCAUAAGCUGCGAACGCAUUCGUUGAAUGAGGAGAGCGUUUCCGAGAAGGUGGAGGAGCGCGACUCCGGCACCGAGUCGGACGACGAGGCAGAACGCACCGACUCUGGUGAUUUCUGCACUGACGUCAUCAUGAAGUGGAAUGACGUCACCGACAUCAGUAUGGGAGGCGAGGCGUGCGCUUGUGUCCCCACGCCUCCGCGGCUGCUACCCGACCCAGAGCCAGAUCACUUAUACGAUCAUCACUCCUCGGAGGAAGAACUAGAGGUUAUCAACGGUGCGCCCGUGGGAAGUUCGGGUGCGGGGAGCGGUACUCCAGGUUCCACAACCGCGGCGGAGUCACGACGUCGAGGGGCUUCAUCCCCUCCCCCUUCCGCGCCAGAGAAACGCAAGUGGCCAGCGCAGCCCUACCUAGAUGCCGACCAAGACGAACUGGCUGCGCGUGCCCCCUCCUCAGAUGAUGACGAUACAAAGGUAGAGACUCCAGUGCGGUUCCGUACAUCACCUCCGCUGGAGGCGUUGAAGCCGCGGCGGGCGGGGGCUGGUGCGUGCGCGUGCGCCGGUGGACUGGGCGCGGGGGGAGCGGCGAGUGCGGGGGGUGCGAGCGUAAGCUCUGAGCGCCCGGGACCUGAACGCGCGCCGCCGUCGCCGCGUCGUCGACGCAUGCCGCUGCCACCGCCGCGCCGUCACCGACCUGCGCUUGACUUUGAUAAGAUGCAGCAGGACAAUAAUGUGUGGUCAUUGAGAGGCGUGCGUCUCAUUGAGUGGCUCGGAGGUAUCAAUGGGCACAUUCCUUGCGCGCGCAGACCCGCCGCCGCCCGCACCGCACCCAAUAUGGACUCGCGUGGAAUGAAAACACGCAUUUAUGCUUUUUGCCAACACUUACACUAG